ACGGGCUACCGGCCUGUGUCCACUGCUCACGAGUGUGUGCGGAGUCUCUUUUACAUGCACAAUGAGCUGGGCAAUAUCUACAGUCAUGGUAAGUGACUUUUUUCUUUUACAUGUUUCAACAGACUGUGCUUAUACUAUCCUUAGACUAGCUGCAAGGUCUUCCAGGUGGUGUCGUACAAAGUCGCAGAUGUCUGCUGUACUCUCACUUCUGGCUACUUUUCAAAGCUGACGUGACAAGAGUGUGUAAUGAGGAUAUGGGAUUAGCUGUAAUCUGCCCAGGGAAUCCCUGCCCUGGAAAUAUCCCACUGCUAACUGGGUCUUGAACAGAUGAGCAUGGAAAUGCACUCAGGUGGCUAAAGUACUCGGUCAAGUUGAAGAGCAGAUACACAUGUCCUCCCCAGGUAUCCCCUUCUUCCUGUUUCUGGUGCUGCUGCCCUUCAGCAUCCCCUGGAGGGAGGUGGAUAGCAUCUGGAUUGGCGUGGUCCACUACCUGGCCUGCCUCAGCCCCACGGUGGGCUCGGUGCUCUACCACGUGUUCAUGAACCACGUCGGCGGGGAGCACGUGUACGACACUCUGCUCUCGCUGGACAUGUUCGGCGUGUGCUUGGUGAACACGCUGGGCGCACUUCCCAUCAUCCACAUCACGCUCCUUUGCUUCCCGACGGUGCAGCAGGCUGCCCUGCUGGUUUACAUCUUCCUGUCGGCCUACGGCAUCUACUGCGCCACCACGGCUCGCACCAACGUCCUCCGCCUGCGGGCCUUCGUGUGGCAGGUCAUGUUCCGCUUCAGCCUCUUCCUGUUCCGCGUGUAUGGCAGCGGGGCGGGCAGCCCCGACUCGCUGCGCCUCUUUGUUAUCAUGGACUCUUUGGCCAUGCUGGGAGGGCUCGUCAACGUGAUCCAGAUCCCCGAGCGCUUCGUCCCAGGCCUCUUUGACAACUGGGGUAACAGUCACCAGAUCAUGCACGUCAUGGUUAUCUGCUCCAUCAUUUACCUCCACUGGGGAACACUGGAGGAUCUGACCUGGGUCAAGAACUACCAGUGUCCUGCAGAGUGAACCCCACCCAACCCAUUCAACAAGCUGGGUUGAUAGAUUUGAUUUUGAGUCAGCAGACUGAAGAAUCGAGUUUAACCCUUCAAUACUAAUUGAGGGGAACUUGACCAAUUUUGACAAUAUUGGUGAGAAUCUUAAAUAGAAUAAAAAAUAAAGAUUAAUCAUCCAUUGACAGACAGGCUGUUAAAUUUAAAGACCUGUAGCUCAUAUUUUGAUAAAAGAUCAUCUUGGACUGGGCCAAAAGUAACCCCUGAACAGUAUGUAAGGGUAAAAAAAAAAAGCAGCACUUUAGCCCUGUUGGCACAAACGGGGAGCUCUUCUAAUGUACAAUGGAAUUCACAUGUAAAAAUCCAUUUUACUGGAUUUGUACAGUAGGUUGUUGAAAUGCCGCGGUCAAUUUAUUUUUUAAAAAUGGCAUAAUAAAGUAUAUUUUUGCAUC